GAAUAUUGUUUAAAGAAAACAAACUCCAGAUUACGUCUGCGUGACUCCAGCAUGACUUUACAGCUCACUUUAAGUUAUUGACAAUAUAUGAUAUAUUGACAAUUUUUUCUGCAGGGUAUGUUUAUCAUCUACUCAGACAGAUCGGGUGUGUUGUGUUUUGUAUGCUGAAGUCUGGCGCUGUUGCUGCCAUUUUGCUACACAUUCACCACAUUCUGCUUGGUGUAUCGUCGUCCACCAACCUCUGGCUGAUUGACAAAGUAUUUAGCUGCUCGAAACAACCGGCCAGCUGUGCAUAUAAGCAUUGCUUGCUUAGUAGACAACAGAAUGUUUUUCCAGUUUUCUUUUAGUAUGAAUUGAGCGCGCAAAUUGUAUGGACGUGAAAACUGCAGCAGCGAAGUCAAAGUCAAAGUCAGAGGCGAUUUUCUUUUCUCGUGCUAAGAAAUACAUAGUUUAACAAGAGCAAAAUAUUUUACAUUCGAGCUUUUUUUUUUGUGGAAAGAAUUGUUGCAGGAAAUUUCGGAAAAAUUUAUAUCUACAUAAUUUUCUAUGCAAAAGAAAUUAUUUAAUUAAGAGAAUAUAAGAAAAUGUUCGCAGAUUUGCAAACCGGUGUUUAAAUAGACUUUUUGACUUAAGCUUUGAACUAAAAAGCAGCGCGACCACGUGUACACUCAAGCACGAGCUGGAGUAAGAGAAUUUGAGUGAAGUUAACGCAAAAUAAAAGUGACAAGAAAUAAUAUAAAGUUUUGCGGCGCUAAAAGCAAAGCUUCUUGCAAAAGCGUGUGCACGUUGAACUCGAAUUUUUUUGUAGAAUAAAACAUAAAAAUUAUAUAAAAAUAAAAAUACAAAAAAAAACAAAUAACCGCAAGAAUUCCAGCAACCAAAGCUACAAAAGGCUCAUUUAUGCUAUAUGUACAUACUUAUGUAUAUGUAUGCAAAACGCGCCUUGAAAAUAUCUAUUAUUUUUUUGUUUUUGUACUUUAAAUACAUUUGUUUUUGUAACGUUGCUGGCAAUUCCGCGCUCAGUGAGCUCUACAUCGUAUUCAAGAGCGCGCCAGUGAAACUAAAUAACAGCUUUCGUUAUUCAAAAUGCAAAUUUCGUCAACGUUGGCAAACUGAUAACGCACUGGGGUGUGUGCGUACGCGAGUAAAUGUGCCACGCUGCCUCAACCCAGCUGUUAAUGUGAAGCGGGAAUAGUAGUAGUGAAUUGAAAUGACACAUGCGAAAAAACAAACUACCUGCAAAUAAACAAACAAAUAAAAUACCAAAAGACCUAGCAACGCUAAGAAGCAAAAUAAAAAAUUGCUAUUUAACGGUCGUAAACAAGGCAAACAGGUGGCCCAAGCGUCAGCGUGAUCGUGAGAAAAAGUGCUUAUGUGUAUACAACUCGCGCGGCUGAUGCAAUACACCGCUGUGAUUGCUAACAACAAACAAGAAUAUUAGUGAAACUAUAUACAUACAAACAUAAUUAGAAAGUAAACCAAAAUCUUCAAACCCCCAAAGAAAAGAAGCAAACAGCAUUCCGGCGCAUGCGUACAAUCUUCCUUUUUUACACCCUUAAAUGUGUACAAUAAGCGCUUAAGCACCUUCGAAACUUAAAAAUCUAACUCAAAUCCUACACACAACAACCCUUGAGCAGCAACGAGCUCAACGAACAUCACACAGCCUACAUUUUCCAAUUUUCUUACCUCUAAUUGAGUUAGCAGGCAGCACAAUCGGAAGUCUCACACAAAAUACGCUCACAAACUCUCAACACAACACAAUGGCUCGCAUACAGCCUGGUGAUAAUGUGAUAACUCCGCGUCCCCUCUUCGAUACACCCGUCAAUUCGAUUGCGGAUGUGGGCGCACAACAUAAUCUCUCAACAGAUAGUUCCAGUCAAGGUUCUGGUGUAAAGCUUAAAAAACAAAUUGGCCUGCUUGAUGGUGUGGCAAUUAUUGUGGGCGUCAUUGUUGGCGCCGGUAUUUUCGUCAGUCCCAAAGGUGUGCUGCUCUACUCAGGCUCGAUUGGUCAAUCGUUGAUCGUUUGGAUUUUAUGCGGGGCAUUGAGUAUGGUUGGCGCGCUUUGCUAUGCAGAAUUGGGUACAAUGAUCCCCAAAUCUGGCGGCGAUUAUGCUUACAUCGGCACAGCGUUUGGUCCACUGCCCGCCUUCUUAUAUCUCUGGGUAGCGCUGCUUGUACUCGUACCAACUGGAAAUGCCAUAACAGCGCUCACAUUCGCACAAUAUUUGCUGCAACCAUUUUGGCCGUCAUGCGAUGCGCCCAUAGCGGCGGUACAACUGUUGGCAGCCGUGAUGACAUGUAUUCUGACAGUCAUCAAUUGCUACAACGUACGUUGGGUGACGCGUGUUACCGACAUCUUUACCGGCACCAAGGUAUUCGCAUUGCUUGUGAUAGUCGCUGCUGGCGCAUGGUAUCUCUUCGCCGGCCACACAGAGCAGUGGGAUGAACCAAUGCGUGGCACCUUCACAGCACCCGGUUUGAUAGCGCUCGCUUUCUACAAUGGUCUCUUCUCGUACUCUGGUUGGAAUUAUUUGAAUUUUGUCACAGAAGAGCUAAAGGAUCCAUACAAGAAUCUGCCACGUGCCAUAUGCAUCUCCAUGCCGGUGGUGACGCUAAUCUAUGUGGUGACAAAUAUUUCCUAUUUUUCGGUGCUCUCGCCAGAGGAGAUGUUGUCUUCGGACGCAGUCGCUGUGACUUUUGGCGAUAAAAUGCUCGGCUUCAUGUCCUGGCUCAUGCCGUUCUUUGUCGCCUGCUCGACUUUUGGUUCGUUAAACGGUGCCAUAUUUGCCUCUUCGCGUCUCUUUUUUGUCGGUGCACGAAAUGGUCAUUUGCCUGCGGCAAUUUCACUCAUCAAUGUGAAUUGUUUGACGCCUGUGCCAUCGCUGAUCUUUCUGUGCGUCAUCACCUUAGUGCUGCUCUUCAUCAAGGACGUAUAUUCGCUCAUCAACUAUGUCAGCUACGUGGAAGCGCUCUUCACGCUACUCUCCGUGUCGGGCUUGCUAUGGUUGCGUUAUAAGCAACCGAAAACAGAACGUCCCAUUCGCGUCAGCCUCGCCCUACCAAUCAUUUAUCUGCUGACGUGUCUCUUUCUUGUGAUCUCAUCCGUUUUCCAGUCACCCAUCGAAGUGGGUGUAGGCACUACCAUUAUACUCUCCGGCAUUCCCAUCUACUACCUAACCAUACAUCGACCAGUGAAAUGGCUGACCGGUCUGUCACAAGCGAUUAAUCUUUGGUGCUCAAAAUUCUUUAUUUGUAUGCCAAACCAAGAAAAGUUCGAUUAGUUUUUAAGCGUUGAGUUAUAGGUUAAGUUAAACUAAGACGAAUUGCCAGAAUAAUGACAGUAGCUGUAAUUUACUGUGACAAAGUUUAGGGACAAAUGCAUGAAUAAAUUAGUGGUAGUGUAUAGAGGUCGGUAAAGACCUUUUAACAAAAUGGGGUGCCUAGAAAAUCCAAUAUGUGGAAAGAUUUGUGUGCCUUCAAAAGUUCGGGUUUGAAUUAGAAAACGAAAACAAUCGAAUUGAAUUAACUCCCCAACUUAUAAAUGUGAAAAAUACAUACAUAGACAUACUAUGUAUACGAAUUUAUAAAUCCGAUAACCAUAUAAAGCUAUUUUUGUCCUAACUGUUCUAGAACAGCGAUUUACAGAGCUCUUAACCAGCAUAAAACUUUUUCUACUAGGUGUGCAUACAGUGGCGAAAAAAUAAAUAAGGAAGAGAUAUUUUAGCAUUCUUUGCGUUAAUUUCAUAUUUAUUUGU